ACGAUACUAGAGCAUAUUCCCGUGUAGCGCCGAUUGUUAUAAUUCUUAUUUGGUUGUUCAGUAUCACUGCAUAUUAAGCCGGGAAUCUCUGCCUAACAGUGCAUACUGACUAUCUGAGUACGUUAUUAAGAAACGCAAUUUAAUGAAUGUUUAGGGGAGCUCAAGGUCAACAGCAGCUUGUGCUUUGCUAAAUGCUUUUAUAAUUGCCACACAUGGUUAAGAUUGUUGAUUAGACGCUUCCGUAUGUUCUCAGUUAUUUUAUCAAGGCUGUAGAUUUCGGGUCAUCAAAACCACAAAACGCCGCAAGACUGUUGUGAAUUACGCGAAACGACGACAAUGGGCUUGUUUUCCUCCUUUCCUUUUUUAACGGUACAAUGCAUUUCACCUAUUAGAUAAGGGGGAAGGGGGUGUCCGAGCUGAAAGAUGGAAAUGCCGUGUGAUGUUGGAUGAUCGCUAUCAAUGGACACUUCUGUCCUGAAAAGAGACGGAAUAAAAUGAAACGCUCCUCCAGGCGGGUUGCGAGUGGAACAGUUACAGCGAGAUAUUAGGAGUGGGCAAAGCCUAACAGGUCCGAGACGGACUUUUCCUCUCUUCAGCUCAGGAAAACGAACAAGUCAAUCAUGUGGACAUGCUUCAUUAUUCAAUAAAGACAUUUUUUUCACUGCUUCAUUAACGUGCAGGAGUUUCUUCUGCCCGUUGCGGUAGGAUUUUAAGGCAACAGGUGGGAAAAACCUGCUCAAGAACAUCUUAUCUGGCCAGAUCCAAACUGUCCAAACAUAUGGGAAGUGGAAACCACCUUAGACUUCAUUCCUUGCCACCCUUAAUCAUCUGUAGUUCUUGCCUCUGUGUGUUCUAACCUCCCUGGCAAACCUUAUACAAGAAUGAAGUUAGCGUGUUAAGGAUGGAGGAAUCCAGUCUGUGCCUUGGUGUGUCUUCGGUGAUUCCUGAAGCUGACGGCCAUCUCAAAAACGCCGCUCUCAAUGGCCGCUAUCCCAUUAGCCAGAAGAUGCACCAGCUGACCACUCAGCUGGGCCAUGCAUUCCCUGACUUUCCCAAGAGACAGCAGAUCCCAGAGGAAAAAGCAACCACCCCACUGGAUGAGAAAAGCCGCACUGCCCUCCCUGGCCAGCACAUCAACAGUCAAAUGGCACUGCUAGCCAACCAGCUCAACAGGGACAUUGAUGCCAGUACCUUGGGUUUGAAUGGAAGAGUGGAUCUCCAACAGUUCCUGAAUGGGCAGAACAUAGGCAUCAUAUCCCAGAUGAAUGACAUUGAGGAGGAUGCCCGUAAGAACAGGAAGUACCCGUGUCCUCUGUGUGGAAAGAGGUUCCGCUUCAAUAGCAUAUUAUCGCUGCACAUGCGCACUCAUACUGGGGAGAAACCUUUCAAGUGCCCUUAUUGUGACCACAGGGCUGCACAGAAGGGCAACCUGAAGAUUCAUCUCCGCACACAUAAGCUGGGGAAUCUCGGAAAGGGGCGCGGCCGAGUGCGUGAGGAGAACCGGCUUUUGCACGAGCUGGAAGAGAGGGCCAUAUUGAGGGACAAACACCUGAAAAAGGGUCAAAUGCAGCCCCAGACAGAUAUAAAGCCCGUAAGUCCGGCUGUCUCACAUCAGCAGCUGCCUGUGCAGUUCCAGUAUCAAGCACCAAAUUCUGAUUGCAGUCACCCUGCACCAAGCAGUCUGCUCUCUGCUGAGAGCCUGUCACAACCAUCACCGUCCCCUAAGCCAGCCAACUCUCAUGAUGAGCAGGCUGCCCCGGCCACGGGGUUCCGCUGCACCUUUUGCAAAGGGAAGUUCAAGAAGCGAGAGGAGCUGGACCGGCACAUCCGCAUCCUACACAAACCUUACAAGUGCACCCUUUGCGAAUACGCCGCUUCGCAGGAGGAAGAUCUCAUCAGCCACGUGGAGAAGGCCCACAUUACUGCUGAGUCCGCCCAGGGGCAAGGCGUAAGUAACAACGGGGAGAAGACCACUAACGAGUUUCGCUGUGACGUUUGCGGUCAGGUAUUCAGCCAAGCCUGGUUCUUAAAGGGCCACAUGAGGAAGCACAAGGACUCUUUCGAGCAUUGCUGUCAGAUCUGUGGUAGGCGCUUUAAGGAACCAUGGUUCCUGAAGAACCACAUGAAGGUCCACCUGAACAAAUUGACAAUCAAGAGCAAGCCGCCCAACGACUCCGAGAUGUCCAUCAACAUGAACAACACCUCUCAAGAUGCUCAUGCCAACCUUUACUCUCGAUACAUCUCCUGCUUGCAGAGUGGUUUCCUCUCGGCUGAAAAAAUGAACCUGUCUGAUCAACACCAGAUGCUGACUAAAGCAGGUGUGGCAGUGAAGGAGAAGGAAAUGCUGGGAAAGCUGUUGGCUCCUGUAGCAGGUCUAAGCCAUGGAUUGACUGAGGGGGAAAAACAGUCUUUGUUUAGCUGUCUGAAUAUGGUACCCCCUCUAAAAUCUAGCUGCAUGGAGCGCUUACAGGCAGCGGCAAAAGUGGUAGAGAUGGAUCACCUCAACAGCUACCAGGCUUGGCAGAUCAUGGCCCGAGGUAUGGCUAUGGAUCGACUGUACACACCCCAAGAUCAGCAGCCUGUGCAUCGUAGCCAGGAUGAAGAGCCGACGAAGGGCAUCAUGGCCUUUUCAAAAGAGAAGCACAACUAUCCAUUAACUGGCUCUGAGGGCUCCAAGCACUCAUCGCAUUUGGAGGCAGUUCACAGAGCCAAGGGUGGUAGCAUAGCCUCCUGCAAGGAUGCUGGUGCCUUUGACGGUCACACAGAGUUUGUGUCCCAUGCCAGCUUGGGUCAGACCCUCGAGUACAGUCUGGUUAACCUGAAGGAGAAACCUAGUGAGUGCGCCGACUGCGGCCGGGUUUUCAGAACUUACCACCAGAUGGCGGUCCAUUCUCGGGUGCACAGCAAGGAGCGUCGGCAUGCAGACGAGGGCAUCCAGCAGAGCGUGGGCCUGGACGAGCGCCGUGGCUCUGCCAGCGACCCGGAGUCUCAGUCCAUCAGCAGGUCCACCACCCCGGGCUCAUCUAACGUCACAGAGGAGAGUGGAACUGGCGGGGGCAUCUCCCAGCCCGGCAGCGCUCAGGAAGACAGCCCACGUCCCUCCUCACCAUCCUCAGAUGCCGGGGACGAGUCCGUAAGGCAGGUGGGAUUUGCUUCGCCCCCUACCCAGCACAGAGAGAGGGUACCUGCAUCUGCCACAAAGGACUGCCCCUACUGUGGAAAGACAUUUCGGACAUCUCACCACCUGAAGGUGCACUUGCGGAUACACACAGGCGAGAAGCCAUACAGGUGUCCUCACUGUAGCUACGCUGGGACACAGUCAGCCUCGCUGAAGUAUCAUCUGGAGAGGCACCACAGGGAGAGACAGAAUGGUGCAGGCCCGUCAUCCGGACACUCCCCUGAGCACAAGGAGGAGCAGACAGGAAGCAAGAGCAGCCUUUUUAUCAGACCAGAUGUCCUGCGUAGUGUCUUUAAAGGCACAGCCAGCAGCGUGGACUUCAGGGCUGCUUCGGCACUGCCCCACCGGUGGACCCCUCCUGGGAUCAUGGCUCCCAAGGACCUGGAGCAAGACUGCCAUAGAGGGCCUUCAGAAAACCCCUCUGAGAACCUGAACAUCUCAGAUGGGUUAUCAACGAGCAGGCCGGCAAGCUUCUCCGACCUCAGCCAGGCCUACCACGGGGUGCUGGGAAACGGAAGCAGCUUCCAAGGGGCCCUGCAGGCCUUCAUGGACAACUUCACUCUGACUUCCUUGAAGAAGGACAAGGAGAUGAGGGAGAGCCAGCCGCCAGCGCAACAGCAGCAGAAUUUCAGCCAUGAGAGCGGCGACGGGAAAGCCAAGAGAGGCGAGAAUAGCGGGGAAAAAACAGAUGCUAGGCCUUCCAAAGGCAAACCCGAGAAAUCACAGUAUGAACCGCUAGAUCUAUCUGUCAGGCCAGAUUCAGUAUCCCUGCCAGGAUCCUCCGUCACCAUCCAAGACAACGUGGUGUGGCACGGCUGCUUGUUUUGCUCCUUCAGAACUUCCUCUGUAGAGCAAAUGGUUCUCCAUUUGCAGGCCAAUCACCUGGGGAAAGGCAAAUACAAGGAGAGCAGUUCCUUGGAUGUGAAAGUCACAAGCAAGGAGCUAACGGCCGAGUUUUCCCCCGUGAAUAAAGGCAGGCUGGCUCCAGCUGUUUGUCACCCUGGCAAUGAGGCCAUCUCCUCCAAGCAAGGCCCACAUGCAAAUAAAAUGAACCAGCACGAAAGAAGCAAGGAGCCUAACCAUUUGAACAGCGCCAUCAUGAGUGGCUUUCAGAAUGACUUCUACAAGCAGUUCAGUGUGUAUGAAACUCCACGACGACAAGGUCCCCAAGGAUUUGGCGCUAUGUUCCCCGGGUCGCUUGAUCAACAGAUGCAGGUUCCCGAGACUCUGUGCCGGAAAUCUGCUGGUCUGAGUGGCAGCAUCUCACCCACCGAGGAGCCGUCCGACAAAUCGUCUGACGAGAUUCCCUUCGGCGAUAUGGAGAUGUCCACAGAGCAGGAGUGUUUAGAAUAUGACAGACUUGGAAUGGCAGAUGACAGUAUGGAGCCCGUCACAGAGCCACUGUCGUCUAAAGAAACAGAGGAUGAGCAGGAAGAGGAGAAGAUGGAGGAUGAGGAAGGCGGGGGGGCCGAGGAGUUGGCGAAGGCGUCCAGUGAGAUUGACCUGAAGGUGGCCUCGAGACUAGAGGCUCCAGUACCUCCCCAGCCUCCAGUUCCUCCGCGUCUGGAGAAGCGAUGGCAAGGCCUUAGCCUCCUUUCAUCUCAUGGAGCUCCCACUGGGCUGCCACAAGCAGGCCAGGCCCAUCUUGAGCAGCAGAUGAACAUGUUGUCUGUCCUGAGGGCGUACAGCACAGAGAGCCGAGCGGCGUUCAACGGCAUUGGAAACGGCUCAAACGGCACCAGUGGCACCAAGAGAUCAGACAUAUUUGGACAGAGGCCAUUCCAGUGCCAAUACUGUCCCUACAGUGCCUCCCAAAAAGGUAACCUGAAGACGCAUGUGGUGUGUGUCCACCGCAUGCCUUUUGAUAACAGCCAGUACCCCGACCGGCGAUUCAAGCGCCUGCGUGUGGACAUGGAAUCCCCCGCGUGUGCACAUGGAAACCCCUGGGAACAAUGAUGACAGAACCAGGGGGGCACCAGCAAGCACCGGGGAUUCCCGGCUCAUUCACCAGUGAUGCUGCAGGGAGGUGCAACAACACAGGGGCCAAGUGCAGUUGUUGCCAUCAUUUUUUCAGGCAACAUAUUAAUUCAUAUUAUACAGGUGUAUUGAAAUAUUGUACUGGUUUCAUAGCUAUCAUAUACAUAUAUGUACAGCUUAAUAAUUUAGGUUCAAUUGCCAAAAGUACAAUUACAAUAAACUACCACUGCCUACAAUGUAUGAUAAAUACUGAGAUAUUACAUUCUUGUUUAUACAGAAUAACAAUUGCAGGUUUAAACCUGGAAUCCUUAAAACUUGAGACUUUUUUUAUAAUCUGAAAAAACUACUUAAAAAGCACAUAUACCCUGCAUGUAUGGUCUAACGAAUACCAGGUGACGAAGGUCAUCAUUCUGGGCCAAGCAGACAGAAGGUGACCUCGGGCACCAGCCUCGCCGAUCACCUGCAUUAAGCAACAAAUAAAACUUUACAUCUCAUAUUAAACAACUAUGGAUGGUCUUUGGAUGGUCUCUCAUGCUGGUAUAACAUUGUAGACAGGCUGGUAUGCAUAGAAUGCUGUCGGAUUGGUGUGGUGGUGCUGUUCUACUAAGCGGAACCUUUGUUUCACUUUCAUAUCAUACAGUAUGAUGUAGGACAUUUCAGUUUUGUUUGGAUGGAAGCUGUUAAGAAUGUACAGGUAUCUUUUGAACAUAAUAAAAGUACUGUGCUAUUUAGGUUUUACUUUUAUGCUUUUUGCAACUUUUUUGUUCAUGUUUAUGUUGUUAAAUUAAUUUUGUUAAUGGCUAUUAAUAUUAUCAUUACUAAGUUACAAAUAAUAGCAAUAUUUGGUAUCAGUGAACUCUUAAUUAGGGCAAUGAAGACAUGAUAUUUUUUAUCAUUCAUGGAAAUUUUAACAUGAGUAAGAAUGAUCUAAGGGGAACAGCAUAAUGUCAUUGAAUGACAGCUCCGAUGUCCUGAAAUCUUACAGCCUUAAGCAUCUUGAAUCUAAGAAAAGCAUUUUGUGAAAUAUUACUUCAAGAAAUGUGUAAAUAAAAAUAUUAGAUGUUAUUAUUAUUAUUAUUAUUAUUAUUUAUAUAUGCUGGAGUAGAAGAACACAUGCUUAGACUAUGUCUUUAAUUUAAGUUGCUUUAUAAUUAGGGUUUUGGCAUAACAGACCUGCAUUUUUCUAUAGUAUAAUUCCCACUGCCUUAUCGUUAGUUUGUGUGAUCCCUUCUUGAACGAUGUCACACGUCGUGUCACGUGUCACACAAAUGAGAUUUUAAUGUGUUUUCCUUACAAGUGAUAAAAGUUUCCCUUUGCUUAUGUGUAACUGUAUGCAAAUCAGUGCUUCAGCAUGUUUUAAAAAAAUAAUAAUUUCAUAUUUUCUAAGGACAAAUAGAGACCUUUCAUAUUAGAAGAAAAACAAACUUGAGCACCAUAUUUGUGUGAAUGUUCAUCAGUACCAUGUGCUCCAGUGCUACUGUCACCUGCCCUUCCCAGUUCCUUGAAUGAUCUCUCUUUGCUACUCAUGUCACGACAACAACAGCAACAGUAAUAAACAAGUGGUAGAAAAGACGGUUCAUUGUCAGUAAUGUGCGACAGAUACUGUAGUACUAUGUUCCUGUUCUCCGUCCUCCUGAUCAUCGUGGUCUCCUUGCUCUUGCGUAAAACAGUAUUUACUGUAUAAGGAAUGCAGUUUUUCGUACACUGUCUGUUAUUACCCAUGGC